AUGGAUGUGUGCAAAGCAGUGAGCGCGUACGUUGCGCGCAUGGUAAAAGAGGUGCAAGGAAUGAAGAUUUUGCUCUUGGACGACCAUACUACGCCCAUCAUGUCGGCGGCGUACACGCAGUCGGCGCUGUUGGAGCACGAGGUGUUUCUCACGGACAAAAUCCAGAACGGCGUCCGGGAGCGGAUGCAGCAUUUGCAGUGUGUGGUGUUUGUCUCGCCAUGCCACGUAUCAUUCCAUGCACUUGUAGAGGAACUACGGCAGCCAUUGUACGGCUCCUAUUGGCUGUAUUUCAGCAACGCCGUGCCGAAGCAUGCGAUUGAGCAGCUUGCAGAGGCGGAUCAGCACCAGGUAGUCCAGUCCGUGCAAGAAUACUUUGCUGACUAUGUGCCCGUCACGCCGUCGCUCUUCUCGCUCAACUACCCUGCGCCGCCCAUGCCGAUUUGGGGAACGAGCGCGAGCCAGUGGGACGCCGAGGCAUUCCAGCGGCAUUCCAGCGGUCUCAUGGCGGUUCUUUUGAGUUUAAAAAAGAAGCCUGUCGUGCGGUACGAGAGGAUGAGCGCACUUGCGCUGAAGCUCGCCAAAGACAUGGUGUACAAAAUGAACGAGGCUCACGCACCCCUCUUUGACUUUCGGCGCACAGAUAUUCCCCCCCUCCUGCUCAUCCUCGAUCGACGAAACGACCCCGUCACGCCGCUGCUUUCGCAGUGGACGUACCAGGCGAUGGUACACGAGCUGAUCGGCAUCCACAAUGGGCGCACGCAGGUGCCCGGCAAGCAAGGCGAGCUGGAAGAAACGGUGCUUUCUGUCGACCGCGACCCCUUUUUCGCGGCGAAUUUGUACGACAACUUUGGCGAUCUUGGCGCGUCAAUCAAAGAGUACGUUACCAAGUUCCAAACCCGUUCCUCGUCCACUUCGUCGAUCGAUACCAUCCAGGACAUGAAGCGGUUCGUUGAGGAGUACCCCGAAUUCCAGCGGCUGCGCGGAAAUGUGAGCAAGCACGUAGCGCUGCUUGGCGAGCUGAGCAAAAUUGUGGAGUUGCGGCACCUGCUGAAAGUGAGUGAGCUUGAACAGAGUCUCGCAAGUACAGAGAGCCACACUACUGAUCUGCGCGCGCUACAAGAAAUGCUUGCGUCAGAGCAGAUCGUCAACGAAGCCAAGCUGCGGCUCGCGAUUCUGUACGCACUGCGGUACCAAAAAUGGUCGGGCAACCAGAUUGAUGCUGUGGCGCGACAGCUGAUGCAAGUAGGUCUGGAGGAGUCGCAGGUGGUGCUCCUGUACGUCAUGCUCAACUUUGCCGGCGCGGAGCAGCGCCAAGACGAUUUGUUUGCCAACGAAAACAUUUUUUCGCGCGGAAAGAGUGCACUCAAAGGGCUCAAAGGCGUCGAGAAUGUGUACACGCAGCACUCGCCCCACAUUCUCGAGACAGUCGAGAACUUGAUGCGUGGACGUUUGCGUACUUCGAGCUAUCCAUUCGCAGCCACCGAGCCGAGCGGGCCAGACGCUGCGAUGCCGUCGACGCUGGCGCCAAACGGGCCGCUGACCAAGCCGCAGGACGUGAUCUUGUUUAUUAUCGGCGGCACAACCUACGAAGAAGCGCGUGCAAUCGCACUCUUGAACGGCGCACAGCCUGGCGCCCCUUCCCAACAGCCGUUUCCAGGCACGCACUUUUUGCUCGGCGGCUCCACCAUCCACAACUCGCAUUCUUUCCUGCACAUGAUCGAGACGACCGCAGCGCGCAUGCCAAAUAGCAUUACGCGCCCGCCGCCCUCCGCGGGAGGAAACGGAAUGCACUUGCGUCUCGGCCCUGUCCAGCUGGGGAUGGAAGACCGCGAGGCGCUCCACGACGGCAUCAAUGGGGCGCGCGAAUUUGCGUCCGACUUGUUUGGCCGGUUCAAACGUGGAGUCGAGAACAACUUGUAG